UCCCUCCUUCGGCCUUCACCUACACGCCUCCGGAUUGGCCGCUAGAAAUCCCGCCCCUCCAGAGCCCCGCCUGCUAUUGGUCACGGAAGCGAGACUGCGCUCGAACAGGCAGUCGGAGGAGACGGGACGGGACUGGCGGGCGAGCAGGCGGACUCGCCCUCUCGGUGACUGCGCCGUCCGGGCCCGUCCGCCUGGCCGCAGGUGCCCCUGAAUGAGGCCGCUCCGCGCGCCCCGACCGAUCUUAUAAUCAAUGGAUAAAGUGGGGAAGAUGUGGAAUAACUUCAAAUACAGGUGUCAAAAUCUCUUCGGUCAUGAGGGAGGGAGCCGUAGUGAAAAUGUGGACAUGAACUCCAACAGAUACCUGUCUGUUAAAGAGAGAAACAUCAGUAUAGGAGACUCAGCUCCUCAGCAACAAAGCAGUCCCUUAAGAGAAAAUGUUGCCUUACAACUGGGAUUAAGCCCUUCAAAGAAUUCUUCAAGGAGAAACCCUAACUGUGCCACUGAAAUUCCUCAGAUUGUUGAAAUAAGCAUUGAAAAGGAUAAUGAUUCAUGUGUCACCCCAGGAACAAGACUGGCAAGAAGAGAUUCCUACUCUCGGCAUGCCCCAUGGGGUGGGAAGAAAAAACAUUCCUGUUCUACAAAGACACAGAGUUCAUUGGAUACUGAUAAAAAGUUUGGUAGAACUCGAAGCGGACUUCAAAGGAGAGAGAGGCGGUAUGGCGUAAGCUCGGUGCACGAUAUGGACAGCAUGUCCAGCAGAACUGUGGGAAGUCGCUCUCUGAGACAGAGGUUGCAGGAUACGGUGGGCUUGUGUUUUCCCAUGCGAACUUACAGCAAGCAGUCAAAACCCCUCUUCUCUAAUAAAAGAAAAAUACACCUUUCUGAAUUAAUGCUUGAGAAAUGCCCUUUUCCUGCCGGCUCAGAUUUAGCCCAAAAAUGGCAUUUGAUUAAACAGCAUACAGCCCCUGUGAGCCCACACUCAACGUUUUUUGAUACAUUUGAUCCAUCCUUGGUUUCUACAGAAGAUGAAGAAGAUAGACUUCGAGAGAGAAGACGGCUUAGUAUUGAAGAGGGGGUUGACCCUCCUCCCAACGCACAAAUACAUACGUUUGAAGCCACCGCACAGGUUAAUCCGUUAUAUAAACUGGGACCAAAGUUAGCUCCUGGAAUGACCGAAGUAAGUGGGGACAAUACUGCAAUUCCACAAGUUAAUUGUGACUCAGAAGAGGACACUACUACCCUGUGUCUACAGUCUCGGAGGCAGAAGCAACGUCAGGUGUCUGGAGAUAGCCAUGCCCACGUUAGCAGACAGGGAGCUUGGAAAGUCCAUACACAGAUUGAUUACAUACACUGCCUCGUGCCUGAUUUGCUUCAGAUUACAGGGAAUCCCUGUUACUGGGGAGUGAUGGACCGUUACGAAGCAGAAGCCCUCCUUGAAGGAAAACCUGAAGGCACAUUCUUGCUCAGGGACUCUGCGCAAGAGGACUACCUCUUCUCCGUGAGCUUCCGGCGCUACAACAGGUCCCUGCACGCCCGGAUUGAACAGUGGAACCACAACUUUAGUUUUGAUGCCCAUGACCCAUGUGUAUUUCACUCCUCCACUGUAACAGGACUCUUAGAACAUUAUAAAGAUCCCAGUUCUUGCAUGUUUUUUGAACCAUUGCUUACUAUCUCACUAAACAGGACUUUCCCUUUUAGCCUGCAGUAUAUCUGCCGUGCUGUAAUCUGUAGAUGCACUACAUAUGAUGGAAUUGAUGGGCUCCCUUUACCAUCAAUGUUGCAGGAUUUUUUGAAAGAGUAUCAUUAUAAGCAAAAAGUUAGAGUUCGCUGGUUAGAACGAGAACCGGUCAAGGCAAAGUAAACUCUCCUGCCCCCAAAGGGCAUUAACUAGAUCUGCUUUUAUGUGCAUCAGACAGUACACCUAUAGCAAGCACACGUAUCAGUGUUAGGUUUUUUCAGUACAGUAUGUAGGCUUAGUGUUAGUAUCUGUCAGAUGCAGUCUGCUGUUAGUCAGGUGAAUGUGGUGCCUGUUGAGACAACAGAAGACAGCUACAGGUGUUCAGUGAGGCUACAAAAACACUUUGUCGAUUGAGCUAACGUUUUGGUUUUUAAUGACUGUAGUAAUUGAGUGAGGCAACUCUGGGGCAUUUGCUAUGAAGAAUUCUAUUUCUUACUGAAGAACAAAUUAUUAAUAUUGGAUGAGUAUUUCAACAGUGUGACUAAUGUUUGAAAUUGUUAUUUUUUCUAAGAAUUUUUCUAUAACCUUCCAAAAGUAGUGAUGUUUGUAGUUACUAUAAAUCAAGCUUUGGAAGUCCAAAAAAUAAAGACUGCCUUCCUUUGAGAAAAAAAAAAAUGCAAUUUUCUGGCCACAAGGGCAUAGUGCAGUUCACUUAAGUGUUGAUGUAGUUUAUAGUCAGUCCCCUGUCUCUUCUGCAAAAGGUACUGUUAAAUAAACCAGGUUUUCUAAAUAGUUCUUAAAAUUUCAGGCUUACAAAGUUGGUAGUAGAAUUUUAUUUAAAGGCCUUAGGUAUUUUUUUUAAUGAGUGCUUUAACUUAAAACACAUUGGGAAUAGCUGCAGUGUAGUCCUGUGUGUGAUUUUUUUUUUAAGUUAAUACACGCAUUCUAAUCAUUCAUUAGUUAAAGUUGGAUCUUUCUCUGCCCAUGAUGAGUUUGUGAACCAUGAAGGAAAUGAGACUAGAAGAUGCCCAACCAAGUCAGAUAACAAUAACUACAGUGGUUGCUGAUGUUGACAUUAUUGUUAAACUGUAAUGAACAGUUUGGAUGGCAGUAUUUAUAUCUUUGUUGUAAACUCUCGUAGCUGAAUUGCUUAAGUACAAUUUAUAGAAUUUCAGUGCAGUUAAUUUCUAAUGGAAAAUCUGAAACCUACAUUGCAGAUUUAAAAGGUACUGUACAACCAUUGUAUCUGUAAAUAACUUUACUUAGCACCUUUUUGUCACUUAGAAUAGUAUGCAAUACUACUUGAGUGAGCUAUUUUGGAAGUAAUACCAAGUUCUAGUGUUUGCUUCUUAGUAACGAACUGAAUUUACAGUUCUGUCCUAGACAUUUUGCACUAGUCGAAUCCAUUCUUGUGUCUUUUUGUUCAUGUGCUCUGUACCACUGGUGAGUGCUCCUUGGUUUCCUUACCUGCUGCUACAGAAAGUUCUUUUACAUCCUGAUGGCUAUUGCCAAGGCUACAAAAAAAGAAAAGCUAUAUUUGUAUGCAACACUAACCCUUUGACUGCUAAUGUAUGUUUCUGCUUGCUGUGCCUUGUUAUGGCUGCUUUUUUGUGCUAAUAAAGUACGUUUGGUGUUCUCCUUGUA